AUGCUUAGCCUGUGGGUUCUCGUUGUCUUUCACACCUAUGUUGUGAUAGGACACCCACAGUGCUUGGAUUAUAAACCGCCCUUUCAACCCUCAAAACCCCUGACUUUUUGCACAGCUUAUUCAUCGUUUGGAUGCUGCGACUCAGUCCAGGACAGAGCCAUUGCUGACAAGUUCCGAUACAUCACAGAAUUCUUGGACAACACUGGGAUCACCGCCUGUGGAGAGUACAUACGGAACAUCCUGUGCCAGGAGUGCUCACCAUAUGCAGCUCAUUUAUACGAUGCAGAAGAUGCCAACACACCCCUUCGUGAACUCCCAGGCCUGUGUGGUAACUACUGUACAGAGUUCUGGUUUCAGUGUCGGUCCACUCUCAGCCUGAUAACAGACAGAGACCUUUCAGCAAUAGAAAGUGAUGUGGCUAAGUUUUGCCGUUAUCUCACACUGGAUGAUGUAAACUAUUGCUAUCCUAAUGUCCUUACAAACGCAGAACUCAAUAAGGGUCUUGGCGAAGUGAAGGCAGAUGAUGAGGGAUGUCUCCAGCUGUGUUUACAAGAGAUUGCCAAUGGACUGUGUAAUCCGGUAGCUAUGGUCCAUGCUAACGAUGGAACCCACCGCUUCUUCAUAGCUGAGCAGUUGGGAUAUGUGUGGGUCUAUCUACCCAAUGGUUCACGAGUGGACAAGCCAUUUCUUAAUAUCUCCAAGGCUGUACUUACCUCUCCAUGGGCAGGAGAUGAGAGGGGUUUCCUGGGAAUUGCCAUGCACCCCGACUUCCGUCACAAUGGAAAGUUCUACGUUUACUAUUCUAUCUAUGCCAAAAAGGACGAGAAGAUAAGAAUAUCUGAAUUCUACGUUUCUACAGACAACAUGAACAUGGCUGAUCACAAAUCUGAACGAAUAAUCCUAGAAGUGACAGAACCUGCAUCCAACCACAAUGGGGGACAAAUACUAUUUGGAAUCGAUGGAUACCUAUACAUCUUCACGGGGGAUGGAGGAAGAGCUGGUGAUCCAUUUGGAGAGUUUGGCAAUGCCCAAAACAAAUCCUCUCUCUUAGGGAAAGUCCUAAGGAUCAAUGUCACUGGCAAUGACAAGGGACUUCCCUACCGUAUACCACCGGACAACCCCUUCCUGCGAGAACGCACAGCUCGCCCAGAGGUAUACGCCUACGGGGCCAGAAACAUGUGGCGCUGCUCAGUGGACAGAGGUGACCCAGUCACUGGGAAAGGACGGGGGCGGAUUAUCUGUGGUGAUGUUGGACAGAACAAGUUUGAGGAGGUGGAUCUCAUCCAGAAGGGUGGCAAUUAUGGCUGGAGAGCCAAGGAGGGAUUCUCCUGUUAUGACAAGAAGCUGUGUAACAACGCAUCUCUCAAUGACAUAUUACCUAUAUUUGCCUAUCCUCACUCCCUGGGUAAGUCAGUCACUGGGGGUUACAUCUACCGUGGAUGUCAAAUGCCUAACCUCAUGGGGCGCUACAUCUUUGGAGACUUCAUGAGUGGACGUCUGAUGUCACUAAAAGAAGACAAGGAUGGCCAAUGGCAGUACACAGAGCUGUGUAUGGGACCGGCUCAGGACUGCAACUUUCCCAAACUCAUCAAUGGCUACUACCCUUAUAUUAUAUCAUUUGGAGAGGAUGAGGCAGGAGAACUCUAUUUCUUGUCUACAGGGACACCCAGCGCUGCAGUGGCUGCAGGAGUCAUGUAUAAAAUAGUAGAUCCAUCCAAGUAA